AAAGGGAUGAGUCCAGCGCUCCUGACUCCGUAACCCCCUUUCCAAAGAUCCCUCAGCUUUCUCUCUCCGGCUGCGCGUCCCUAAAUCUGGAUCGGCAUAAAUGAAUGAAACACAAGGGAAUAUCGACAGGCAAUCGCACAGGAAAAUUCUCUGUCAAACCAGCCUGCCAGAAGGAAUUUAUGUCGGGCUUGACAGGCAAUUCAACAUGAGUUUUUUCCUCUGGAACUUCAUCCACAGCUUGUCAAAUGUGUAAAACGGCGACCGGCGUCUUCUGCCCCCCUUGCAAAGGAGUCACGCUGUGAUUAACGGAUCAGGUUUUUGACUGCCAGGACAAAUGAAUACAAAUGAAUUUAGGCACCCGAAGGAGAGAUUGCAGAACCUCUCAUCUAGACACAAAGAGAGCCCUAUUGCUCUGUACCGUUUUAUAUUGUACUUGUUACCUGGGACUUACACAAGUACACUCUGAAGAUGUUGACAUCCUCCAAAAGUUGGGGCUUAAGGGAGAGAAGCCGUCACGCUCGGUGCCAGCAGGGGUCAUUCCAUUCAGAUCGGGGAUCAUCCUCAACCAGCGGGCGCACAUCGACGCUCCAUUGCGCUCAAUCCUUCCAGCGGCCAUCUGGCCCAACUUGGCACUGGUCCUGAGUGUACGCUCACACCGUGUCAACAGCGCUUUCCUCUUCACCCUCCUCACAAGCCGCAAGAAGCUCCUUCUUGGUCUGCAGCUUGUACCGGGCAGCCUGGUCCUCCACACAGGACCGAACACCUCGGUGGCACUGCCCUAUGAGCCCCAUGAUGGCCAGUGGCACCAGCUGGCGGUGGGAAUUAAUGGACAGAGAGUGACUCUAUAUGCCUCCUGCGGAGAGCAGAGUGUUCAUGCAGACUUUGGGUGGGACAGUGAGGAAGGACUGGCUCCAGAGCUCCAGGGCUCCUUCCUGCUGGGGCGGACAAGCCAGCAGCAAGCUUCAGCACACUUUGAAGGAGCCAUCUGCCAGUUUGAUCUGGUCCCUUCUGCACAGGCAGCUCACAACUACUGCAGUUACAUUAAGAAACAGUGCAGGGAAGCUGAUACAUACAGGCCUAACCUUCCUCCUUUGCUGCCUAUCCUACCACGAGAAUCAAACAUCACAGCUACUGCUGCUACCCCUAAACGUGGUGGCCCAGAAACCUCCAAAAAGCCCACAAGAGUGAGCCUUGCCAGGAGUGCUGCUGCUGCUGCCUCGGCUGUCAGAUUUGUGUCCCCCACUCAAACAAUAAAGCCGAACCAUGUGACCAUUCCUACACCCUUUCUGGGAACUGUGAUGCCAGUCACAGCCCAGCUUGGUUUGGCCUCCCCACCUCCCAAGACCAGGACCGAAAGUGUCACAGCACCACUCAGAACAGGAGCACCACCCACCAAACCACCAACCCCAAGACCCUCCACUUCUAAAGUUUCAAAUCAGAAACCCUCUAAACCCACUCCCCCUAAGCCCACUCCUCAAAACAACGCAAAAAAGACGAUUGCAACAACAGACAUCAAGAAGAAACCUACUAUUCCAGCCACUACCAGCACCAGACCAACCAAGACAAAGCCUGACUCAGCCUUAUCAGAUCAAGGUGUAGUCCCAAAGAAACCACAACCCACCACCGGCAAGAAAACACCUCCCAAGCCUUCCAAAGCCACUCCGUCCAAACCUAAAGUGAACUCUGUCAAAGUUGUUCCUUCUAAACCAACAAUAUCCAAAGUCAACCCCUCAAAAUCAACAAUAUCCAAAACUACAACUGCUAAAACCUCCAAGCCAGUCUCCAAACAGAUUCCCAAGCCAACAAAGCAACCCAAAACUACCAGGGCUCCCAUCACCCCACGACCUACCAAGCCGUCUUACAACGCAGUAACACCACCUGCUACUGAUGGCUUCCAGAGCUGGGAGGUGCCACCUACACAGUUCUCCUUGCUGGCAGGACCUAAGGGACUGAAAGGAGAUGCAGGCAUACCGGGACUGCCAGGACCUCCAGGGAAGACAGGCCUGCCAGGCAAGAGGGGUCCUCGGGGCGCCCCCGGUCCCCAUGGAAACCCUGGCCGACCUGGUCCACCCGGGCUCAAGGGGAAAAAAGGAGACCCUGGCAUGUCACCUGGCUCUGCACCUAAAGGAGAGAAGGGAGACUCAGGGAUUAUUGGCCCGGUUGGACUGACUGGCCAAGAGGGUCGAAAGGGACAGAAAGGUUACCCUGGUCCACCUGGACUCCCUGGAGAGCCUGGAGAGCAAGGUCCAGUCGGAAGCCCAGGUGCCAAAGGUUAUCCUGGCAGGCAGGGUUUACCAGGGCCUAUAGGACCAGUAGGGCCUAAAGGCGUUCGGGGUUUCAUUGGAAUCCCUGGCCUUUUUGGCCUGCCUGGGCCUGAUGGCGAAAGAGGCAUCCCCGGUGAACCAGGGAAGAGGGGCAAGAUGGGUAGGCCGGGGUUUCCAGGGGACUUUGGGGAAAGAGGACCACCUGGACCAGAUGGAGAGCCAGGUGACAUGGGAGCCCCCGGUCCAAACGGAGUUCUUGGACUUAUUGGUGAUAUGGGACCUGUGGGAGAGAUGGGCCUUCCAGGACCUAAUGGACUGAAGGGGGUGCCCGGAAAUCCAGGAGAAGCAGGACUGAAAGGUGAUAAGGGUGAUGUUGGGAUUCCCGGAGAGCAAGGGGAGAUUGGAUUCAAAGGAGACAAGGGCAUCCAGGGGGCUCCAGGGUUACCAGGCAUCCGUGGGAAACCAGGACCACAGGGCAAGCUGGGAGAAAGAGGUCCUGAUGGUGCACCUGGACCACCAGGCCCUGAGGGUUUCCCUGGUGACAUGGGACCACCGGGAGAGAAUGGCCUUGAAGGACCAAAGGGAAAACCAGGGGCCAGAGGUUUACCGGGGCCACGAGGGGUGCCUGGAUUGGAGGGAGACGAGGGCCCACUUGGACCACCAGGCCCAACAGGACUCGAGGGCAGAAUGGGCAGAAAAGGAUUUCCUGGGAAAGUUGGGCCAGAGGGAGUCAAGGGAGAGCCUGGUAUCACAGGAAAAGUUGGACCCAUGGGAGAAAGAGGCUUGGUGGGUUUCAUCGGACCUGUGGGAGAGGCAGGGCUGGCAGGAGAGAAGGGGGAUCGAGGGGAGAUGGGCCUUCCUGGACCACCUGGAGAAAAGGGAUCAACGGGUCACCCAGGGACACCAGGUGAAACUGGACUUACUGGACCACCUGGAAGACCAGGCCCUCCUGGAGCGACUGGGCCAACCGGUACCAGAGGACCUAAAGGCUUACGGGGCGCGAGAGGGCCUGACGGUCCAACAGGAGAGAACGGGUUAGAGGGCAAGAAGGGUCCUGACGGCCCACCAGGAAAAAUAGGUUUCCCUGGACCACAGGGAAAGAUUGGAGAACCAGGGGAAACUGGGCCUAAAGGUUUUCCUGGUAUCCAAGGGCCUUCAGGACCUCCAGGGGACAAGGGAAUACCAGGCGAGCCGGGAUCAUCUGGGCCACCUGGGACUGUGGGACUCUUGGGAGAAAUUGGUCAAAAGGGUCCUCCAGGCAAAGAGGGUGAACCAGGGCUGCCAGGCGAGCCAGGGGAGAAGGGACCUAUCGGACCUGCUGGGAACAUCGGAGAGCAGGGGCUAAUAGGACAGCGGGGAGAGCCAGGCCUCGAGGGGGAAGCUGGUCCAGCGGGUCCAGAUGGAACCAAGGGUGAUAAAGGCGAUAUGGGUCAGGAGGGCGACAAGGGAGAAAAGGGUGAAAUUGGACUAAAGGGAAAGGAAGGCCCACCUGGAAGUCCUGGACUCACUGGCGUCAGGGGUCCAGAAGGGAAACCUGGCAAAUUUGGGGAACGAGGCAAGCUAGGGCCAAAGGGUGCCAAAGGUCAACAAGGUCACCUUGGGGAGACUGGAACCGUGGGAAAGACUGGACCACCUGGUUUUGUUGGGCAAAAGGGGUCCAGAGGAACAAUUGGACAUGUGGGAGCUCCUGGUCGAAUGGGUCAACAAGGGGAACCUGGUAUUGCAGGUUAUGAGGGCCAUCAGGGAUCACAAGGCCUCCAAGGGUCUCCAGGACCAAAAGGUGAAAAGGGCGAGCAGGGGGAUGAUGGGAAGGUAGAGGGUCCUCCAGGUCCUCCAGGUGACAUAGGACUUCCAGGUGACAGAGGUGAGAGAGGUGAAUCAGGGGAUCCAGGAUACAAAGGCCAGAUAGGUGUGGAUGGAGAGCGAGGCAGACCUGGAGCUCCUGGGCAACCAGGACAACCUGGGCCUCGAGGGCAGCAAGGACCCAAAGGGGCCAAAGGAGAUCAAGGUCAGAAAGGCAAAAAGGGCCAGUCAGGACAAAAAGGAACCAGAGGAUCAGAGGGUGGUGGUGGUCCUCCUGGUCCCAGAGGUGUGGUGGGCCCAGAGGGACAGGAAGGUGCGCCCGGAGUCGAUGGAGUCCCAGGAAAAGAUGGCAGUAAAGGCAUGCCGGGAGAACACGGUGAUGAUGGGGAGGCUGGUCUUCCUGGUAAAGCUGGCUCACGUGGUAAAACUGGCGUUCCAGGACUCCCAGGAGAUCAGGGUGUCAUUGGACCAAAGGGUGAGCAGGGUCUUCGGGGCCAGAGUGGACCUGCAGGAAAAAGAGGCUUCAAAGGUGGAAUGGGACUGCCAGGAUCCCGAGGAGAUCCAGGGCCAAAAGGGCAGCCUGGUGAUACCGGGGAACCAGGUUUUCCAGGAAUUCUGGGCAUUUUUGGACCAAGGGGGCCUCCUGGAGACUUUGGUCCAAAGGGCAUUCGGGGACCAAAGGGGCCACAGGGCUCAAUGGGCAGAGGAGGAGUUGUUGGUCCUGUCGGAAUAAUUGGCCCCAAUGGAAGUGCAGGUCCUCGAGGAGAGAAGGGCAAUCGUGGAGAGAACGGAUUCCAAGGGCCAAGGGGAUCUCCUGGACCUCGUGGACCUCCUGGACUUCCAGGUCCCCCGGGUGUCCCUGCAUCAUUUAGAGAAGAUGGUCUUUUGUUUGUGGAUUCACCCACCUCACUCAGAACUGAGAAUAAGCCAGUGAUGGAUCUGCCGAUGCUGGACCAGGGCGCAGAGAUCUUUAAGACCCUCCACUACCUCAGUAACCUGAUCCAGAGCCUAAAGAACCCACUGGGCACUCGGGACAACCCCGCCCGCAUCUGCAGGGACCUGCACAGCUGUGAACAGAAGUUAAAUGAUGGCACUUAUUGGAUUGACCCCAACCUGGGUUGCUCAUCAGAUACAAUAGAAGUCUCCUGCAACUUUACUGGCGGUGGACAGACUUGUCUGAAACCAAUAACAGCAUCCAAGCCAACAAUCACUGUUGGUCGUGUUCAGAUAAACUUUCUGCACCUGCUGAGCUCGGAGGCCGUGCAGCACAUCAUCAUCCACUGCCUGAACGUCUCAGUGUGGAGGUCAGCUGAGGAUCAGCCUGUUACCCAGGGCUCUGUGAAAUUCAAGGCCUGGAGUGGAGAGGUGUUUGAGGUGGGAGGAGAGCUCGAGCCAGAGGUCUUGGAGGAUUCUUGCUGGAUAAAAGAUGGGCGCUGGCACCAGACCAAUUUCGUGUUCCACUCCCUGGACCCCACCCUGCUCCCUGUGGUCGACAUCUACAACCUCCCAAAAACUAGCCCUGGCUCGCAUUACCAUCUAGAAGUAGGUCCUGUAUGCUUCCUGUGAGGGCGGCAGUGUGAGUCUUCUGAGCAGGGAGGGAUGGAUGGACAACCAUCCCUGCAAGACACAUUCAUGCAGGCGUGGAGAUCGGAGCAGUCUCGCAAGUAAAAGCCAACCCCCCCAAACAGAUCCUGCUUUCCUCUGUCAAACUCCCGUUGGACUGCAGACACAGAGGGAGGAAGCAUGGGGAGCUGGGGGGGGUGAAGAAGAGCUGAAGAGGAGCAGGGGGAGUUCUUGCACUAAUAGCUUCUCAAUAUGGCAAAAGCGUCUUCAGGCUCUUCAAGAAGGAUCUCCAUAUGUACGCCUGCUUGGAGAAAAAAGGCUCUGUGCCACACAAUCUCUCCAGAACAUUGCUGAGUAAAGGGAGACCAAGGCCAAGUUAAUCAGUGGACAUUAUAGUAACUUAUUUUUAUAACUGUAUACAGUCUGUAUACUGUGUGUACUAUUUUGGAAAUACAAGGAAUUCAAUUUUGUCAUAAGAGAAGAAUUAAAAUAAUUGGGAUCAGUUAAAUGUACAUAAAUAUAUAUAUAUAUGCUUAUUAAUAACUUUUAUACAUGUAUAUCUUAUGUAAAGAAAUAAUCUUUAAGUGCAAUAGAAAAAUUGAGAAGAUAAUUUGAUAUUUUAAACUUAUAUGGAAGGAUUUUUUCAGGGGUGCCAUUUUAUUUGCCUUUGGUGCUCAUCUGCUCAUGGUCUUGUAUAGGCGAAUUAAUCCAGGGGAAGACUUGUAUGCUUAAAUUGAGCAGAAGUCACAUUUGUAUUUACUUGUGAUCCAAGUGGGAGACUUCAGUUUCCUCCAUGAUAUGGGAAAAACCAGUGGCACCCCAUAAGCAAUCAGUAAAUUACAACUGAAGCCACAAACUAACAAAGGCAAGCUGUCCACAUGGAGAAAGUUGGUGUCUUAAAUACUUAUUGUGGAACUUAUUACUCAAACGUUAUUAAAACCGGAUGCCACUGAUGAUUAAGGAGAAUUAGAUGGAGAUUAGAGGUCAAAUUGAAUGAGGAAGAUGAUGACUAUGGAGCUCUAGUUCUCAAUAGUGUUUUAUUAAAUCCUCUAACUGUGGAGUGUGAAACUAGUUCCUUACUUAUGAUUUAAAAGUAGAAGGGUAGGUGUUAUUAUUUAGUCAACACCACAUGGGACUGGAAUCUCUCCUGUCCCACUUAUAGCAGACAGACUACAGGUACAGGUGAUGCUUAGGGGAGAAAUGAGCCACAGGAGAGAGGAAAGUGGGUGCAGGAAUUCAAAUAAAACCUUCAUCUUUUGUCCCAUCCUCCCUCUAAUGCAUGGUGCUAAGUAAAUUAUCUAAGGUGCUAACCAUAGUGCUGUUAUUACACCACUUUGCUAAACUAUUCUGAUGUUUAUAGUGCAUGCUUGCUUAUGAAUAAAAAGCCCAUAUAGAAUAUUACCAUAGCUUCAUAAUGAACUAUGAUGGUAAUAUACAGUCCAACACGACAUAAUUCCUUAAUAGUCAGCCAUCUGUUUUUUGUUCAAUGCUGCAAUUUAAAGAGAAUCUUAUUCUGGGGGAAAAUAUUUUAGAAAUAACUAUAAAAACUCAAAACAGCUUUUAUAUCCCAAAUAAAUCACAAGUAUUUUUAAGAAUAAAUUUUUCUUUUUUCUGUACAAAGCCCCCCACAGCUGUAUGUAAUAUUUUUUAGAAACACAACUAGUGGAGAUAGUUUUAAUUAAAUAAAACAUUCCUUUGUUGUAGCUGGACACAAGUGUGUAUAAUUGUGUAAACCUUGCUGUAUACAGUGGAUCCCCUCUUGCUAAUUUAAUGUUAUUUAAUGUUGUUAACGUGGUUGCUGACUGAGCAAAUUUCUGUUGGUUGAAGCAAUACUACUCUUUCUGACAGCUUUAUAUAUCAGUUAUCCCAACUGGUCUUGGAGUUUAUAGAUUUUUUUUAUGUGUAAAUUUGGGGCUCCAGAGAACAAAUUUAUUGCAAUGUUAAUUCUUUUAUUUUUUUAAUUUUUGUUAUGUUGUUUUUUCCUCUAUGAUAAUCAACCAUGUACUGUACCAGGACUGUGCUAUACUAUAACUUGUGUUUUAAAGAAUUAUGCAAAUAUGUGAAUUAUUUUUUUUUCUCUUUUUGUAAAUCUGUUAUAGACAUUAAAACAAGCUAAGAAUACCUCACAGUUUUCACAGGACUUGGUCAAAGAUUUUCUAUUGAAUUUAUAAUUAAAACCUGUUUGGAAAUAUCAACCAAAUACAGCAAGUCAACAAACUCUGAACAAGACCAUUUCUGGCGCCUUCAUCCUUUAUCUGUCUACUCUUUAGUCAUUGUUCAAUGUCCAUUUGUUCAAUAAAUACUUUCAAUUUG